AUGUUCACGCCCAUUCACACUACGCUAGGGGCCCUGUUGCUCUACCAGGCUUCGUCAGGCCUGCUCUUCCACAAUGGUGCCGUCCUUGGUAUCUCGUCGCUUCUAUCGGGCUCUAUACUUCAUCCGAGUAGGGACAAUGUGCCUAUCGUUGCGGGUUUGGUGUCUAGUGUGAUCCCAGUGUGGCUUCUGGCUCCCUCUCUCCUCCCUAGUAACCCUGCUGCACCCAGUUCCUUGGCAUCGGUAGCCUCCACAUUCGCUGUGGGCGUUCUAAUGGGUUGGGGCACGAAGAAUGGUCGGGGAUGCACUUCAGGACAUAUGCUCUGUGGGCUUUCUCGCCUUUCUCCUCGUUCAUUGAUUGCGACGGCGUUGUUCUUCACCUCAGCUCUGAUCACGGCCAGCUUCGAUGGAGGAUCUAGUAUCCCGCGGUGUGAAAUGGGCCCUUGCUAUUCUCCUAUUUAUCCAUCGGUAGCAGAUAUGGUGUUCAUGUCUGGUGCUGUAGUUUUAUCAGGCAUCACAAAUUUCUUUGUUGUGCCGAAGAUCCUUGCACGGUCCGAGGAAUCACGAACGUUGUUUUCCUAUCUCGCCGGGCUCGAAUUUGGUCUCGGACUGUUUAUUUCAGGGAUGGCUGAUUCAGCCAAGGUUCUGGGGUUCUUCAGCUUUCUGACGGAUCUUUCUCGCUUUGAUCCUUCUUUAGCAUUGAUCAUUGUGUUUGGCAUUGGUCCGUCGUUGGUGACCUACUUGUCUAACAGACCCGAACAGAUAUGCGACAAGGAAAAACCAGAGAUGAAGCCCACACUUGCUGAAAAAUGGAGACUUCCCACAGCCACAGUGGCUGAUAUUGACUGGCGGUUUGUCGCAGGUUCUGUGGCAUUUGGGGUCGCCUGGGGUCUAAAUGGAGUUUGUCCUGGGCCGGCCAUUUUGCGCGCUGUUAUCCAGCCCACUUGGGGACUGAUCACAAUGAGCGGGUACAUCACUGGAAACAUGUUCUAG